AUGAGGCUCACUGGUCGACUUACACAACUGGAGAAGUUGGUGAAAAACUACGGCAGCCCUGACACACCAAAGCGUCGCCAAGCUCGUGAGCGUAGAGACUACCUCUACCGCAAAGCUCUCCUGCUCCGCGAUGCUUCAGUAGCAGAAAAGCGCGCGAAGCUGAAAGCUUCUCUUGCAUCCGGGAAGCGGUUAGAGCCUUCUGUGGCUAAUGACAAAACAUUGCGAGAAGACUUCAAAUACGAUGAAUCCCUUCCAACACACUCGAAACAGCCUAACUCCAAAGAUUCCGAUAUGCUGGACCUCGACGACGAAUAUGUUCUCACAUCCGGCAUCGUGGACCCUCGACCUCUCAUUACCACCUCCCGUUCUCCUUCUACACGCCUUAGCACCUUUGCAAAAGAGAUGCGGCUACUAAUCCCCACUUCAAUACGGAUAAAUCGAGGGAAUAUAGUCAUUCCUGAUCUGCUCGCAAGCGCGAAGACAUCCGCACUUUCGGACAUGAUCAUCCUGCACGAGCAUCGCGGCACACCUACUGCGAUAACUGUGUCUCAUCUUCCCCAUGGCCCAACUGCCAGUUUCUCAUUACAUAAUGUCAUGCUACGAGCAGAUAUUCCAAACUCAGCACGGGGAACCGUGUCGGAAAGUUAUCCUCACCUAAUUUUUGAAGGGUUUACUACCAAGUUAGGGGCCCGCGUCGUUAAAAUUUUGAAACAUAUAUUCCCUCCGCGGGAAGCAAAUGGGAAGCUCGGGAGUAGGGUUGUCACGUUUAAAAACAUUGAGGACAGUAUAGAGGUGCGACACCAUGUCUUCGUUAAGACCGGGUACCAAUCAGUUGAACUAGCUGAAGUCGGGCCGCGUAUGACAAUGAGGCUAUUUCAAAUCAGAGGUGGGACAUUAGAGAAAGAUUCCGGUGGCGAAAUCGAAUGGUCACUGAAUCAGUAUACAAGGACGAGCAGGAAGAAGGAUUAUUUGUGAUUCGUGCAUUGAUUAUUUAGGUUCUUCUGGUUGAAACUGGCUAUCAAAAGGCAUCCACACAGUAUGCCUGGUAGAAAAUUACCUCGGCGUCAAUGGUAGAGCUUGUGUUAUUUUGUUAAAUACUGGGAUGGGGGUUUGACACCUGAAUAUCAUCUUUGGUUCAUGGCGAUUUCAUAACAGCAGCAUUCAUUGGAUCUUGAUAAAACAGAAAUAAAACCCAUAAAUUCUAAGGAAAUAUUGAAUUCACAAUGCAUGGUAAUGAAUUGAA